AUGGUAGAAGCCGACGCGAAUUCUCCAACAUGGAAGUUUACCCAAUGCUUUGGAGACAAGGGGGAUGUGGAGGACAUCACUGAAGCCGAUAUCAUUUCAACUGUCGAGUUCGACCAUACAGGAAACUACUUAGCUACUGGUGAUAAGGGAGGUCGAGUCGUCUUAUUUGAGCGGAACGAAACGCAGAAGAAGACAUGCGAGUACAAAUUCCACACCGAGUUCCAAUCACACGAGCCGGAGUUCGACUAUCUCAAAUCCUUGGAGAUUGAGGAGAAGAUUAACAAGAUCAAAUGGUGUCGCCGACAAAAUGCCUCCCAUUACCUACUAUCCACAAACGACAAGACCAUCAAGCUAUGGAAGGUCUUUGAGAAGUCCCUCAAGGUUGUCGCCGAGAACAACCUAUCACACGAUCUAACUCCAGGCAAUCUGGCUGGCGGCGGCGGAACACCACGACCUCUCCAGAAUCAUCACUUCAGAAAUGCCACCGACCUAAAGCUUCCGCGCCUGACGCAUCACGAUACGGUGGUCGCUGCUGUUCCGCGCCGGACGUAUGCCAACGCCCAUGCCUACCAUAUCAACAGCAUUUCUGUCAACAGUGAUGGGGAGACAUUCAUCAGUAGCGAUGAUCUCCGUAUAAAUUUGUGGAACUUGAACAUCCAGGAUCAGAGCUUCAACAUUGUGGAUAUUAAGCCUGCAAAUAUGGAGGAGCUGACCGAGGUCAUCACAGCCGCCGAGUUCCACCCGCAGAGUUGCAACUGGUUCAUGUACGCGAGUUCUAAGGGCACUAUCAAAUUGGCGGACAUGCGUGAGAGUGCCCUUUGCGACCAGCACGCCAAGCUUUUCGAGCAAGAGGAGGACCCUUCUUCACGAUCAUUCUUCUCAGAGAUUAUCUCAUCCAUCUCAGACGUUCGGUUCUCACAUGACGGUAGAUACAUCCUUUCCCGAGACUACCUGACCGUGAAGAUUUGGGAUGUCAACAUGGAGCGACAGCCGGUCAAGACCAUUCCGAUCCACGAACACCUCCGGCCCCGCCUAUGUGACACGUACGAGAACGACAGCAUUUUCGACAAGUUCGAGGUGGUAUUCUCCGGAGAUGCCAAGAAUGUCAUGACGGGCAGUUAUAACAACAACUUCAUGAUCUAUCCCUCAGAUCCCGACAAGGAGGUCGAGGUCGUACUACAAGCGGAUAAGUCCGCAUUCAAGGCGAAGAAGGUCGGGGUCCCGACGCCGAUCAACUCAUCCACGAGUCCAACCGCUAACGGCGGUAAGAAGGGCGGAUCUCGUGCUGGAAGCCCAGCUGGUGGCGCCGGACAGGGCCAGAGAAUGCGAAAGGAGACCGACGCGGACCAGAUCGAUUUCAACAAGAAGAUUCUGCAUAUGAGCUGGCACCCGUUCGAGGACAGCAUCGCGAUUGCUGCUACUAACAACCUCUUCGUGUUUUCUGCUCUGUAG